GGUGGGGAGGGAGGCACUGCCCGACCCGACCCCACUCCUGCGCUCCUCCUCCUGCUGUGCCCGCCGGGACCACCAGGCUGCCAGCCGCCCGGCUCCCCAGGGCUGACAGCGGGUUGCUGCCCGAGCUGACGGGAGUAAAGGGGCAGAGAGAACUGAACUUCCACCUUCGGGACGGCAGCCUUCUCCUCGGCGCCAGCGCCUCGCUCCGCAAUCUGAGCGAGGAUGGAGGGCGCGACAGCCGCCGAGGCGCAUCCCACCAUGGGGGUCAAGAUCUUCUCAGCCGGAUUGGCGGCCUGUGUGGCGGAUGUGAUCACCUUCCCGCUGGACACGGCCAAAGUCCGGCAACAGAUUCAAGGUGAAUGCCCGACCUCCGGUGCCCCUAAGUAUAAAGGUGUCCUGAGAACAGUCAUCACUGUGGCAAAAACGGAAGGGCCACUGAAGCUCUACAACGGACUGCCUGCUGGCCUGCAGAGACAAAUCAGUUCUGCGUCUCUCAGGAUCGGGCUCUAUGACACCGCCCGGGAGUACUUCACCGAGGGCAGAGAAAGUAACCCUAAUUUAGGAGGCAAGAUCUUAGCUGGGCUGACGACUGGAGGAGUGUCUGUGUUCAUUGGCCAACCCACAGAGGUCGCGAAGGUCAGACUUCAGGCGCAGAGCCAUCUCUAUGGUCCGAAACCUCGCUACACUGGGACUUACAAUGCUUACAGAAUUAUAGUAACAACUGAAGGCUUGUCGGGCCUUUGGAAAGGAACUACUCCUAAUUUGGCAAGAAAUGUCACCAUCAAUUGUACAGAGCUAGUAGCGUACGACAUAAUGAAGGACACCCUUGUGAAAAAUGAAAUCCUUGCAGAUGACCUACCCUGCCACUUUAUGUCGGCUGUUUUCGCUGGGUUUUGUGCAACGCUUCUAUCUUCGCCAAUGGAUGUAGUGAAAACCAGAUUUGUAAAUUCCACACCAGGACAGUACAAGAGUGCGCACAAUUGCGCAAUGACAAUGUUCAUUAAGGAAGGACCAUCAGCUUUUUUCAAGGGGUUACUACCUUCCUUCUUGCGACUGGCAUCCUGGAACGUCAUUAUGUACGUGUGCUUUGAGAAGCUGAAACGAGAGUUGAUGAAGUCAGGACAGCCCGCGGACGGCGCCACAUGAGCGUCUUCAGGAAAAGGCUGGGACAUACCAGUGGGAGCCUUUGCCAACUGGAUGAUUAAAAAACGAGCAAAAAACUAUUCCCAUUAUUUCAGCCUAAAAAGAUAAAAGAAUUCUGGUAGAGUAGAAAAUUGUCAACUAUCCCCCCCGCCCCCCAAAUGAAAACUAAUACCUUUUCUUUCUUGUGACUUUUAUUCUGUUUUAAGGAGGGGAAAGCAAGACAUUCAGGACUCACUCUGGCAAAUGUAAUGUCCAGAUAAGUUACUGCAUUUGAUUUACCAUUUUGUGUGUGUGUGCGUGUGUGUGCAUGGAGAAGGGAGGUGGUUUAUGAUUGAAUAUGAGAAACUUGAACAUCUUAAUUAUAAUUCAAACUGAUGAAAAAGGGACAUUGAGUGAAGUGUCCUUUAUAUUUAUAAAUACUUAAAAAUGAGCAGUUACAAAAGAAAAUAUUACUGUUU